AUCUCAAACCCAUACCUUCCACGUCCUCCUGGUGGGAGUAGUGGUAAGUUUCCUGAUGAAUGUCUCCAGUGGCACAAUUACUAUAGAGCGAAGCAUGGCGUUCCUCUUCUGAAGUUGUCUUCUAAACUGUGUUCUUAUGCUCAAGAGUGGGCUAACCAUCUAGCGAAGACCGACAGCUUUCAGCAUCGUAGUGAUCGCAAGUAUGGAGAGAAUAUCUACAUGAGCUGGUCUUCUGAUCCUACAGUCCAAAUCUCUGGGAAAGUUCCAGUAGACAGCUGGUAUAGUGAGAUCAAAGAUUAUACUUUCGGUAAAGAACCUCGAUCUCUAUCCUCAGGUCAUUUCACGCAGGUGGUUUGGCGCUCUAGUACCGAACUGGGAGUGGCUCAAGCACGAAGCAAAACUAACAAGAUAAUUGUAGUUGCAAACUACAAUCCUGCAGGCAACAUGGUUGGUAGUUUUGCCGCAAAUGUUCCUCCUCCUAAAUGAACGGAGGAUCGUAUGUACGUUUUCACCUCUACGGUUUUCAAGUUAGAACCUCAUUAGUUAGUCUUGCUUGAGAAAACGGAGGUUAUAUACAUCGUUCUACAGUUGUUGUGGUACAAAAUUUAAAAGUUAAUUACUGCUCGUACUAUCUGCAACUGACGUUUAAAUUCACACAUUCCUUCAUUAUCUUUCCAAUGUCCGGUAUAAGAAAUACUGAUAUCAAUAUUUUGAGUGUGUGUGUGUAUGUUUAUUUUAUUUUAUUUUACUGUGUACAAUAUGUUAUUGUUUGAAUACCUUUUAUUACUCAUUCAGGUACGCCAUAUUUUAUGAAUAUCGUACAUAUGGCGCCAUCUUGUAUCACUUGUACAGGUACAUCAUCAGAUUGUACCUUUCCUAUAAAGUGUUUUAGAACACUUCCAAUAAAUCCAACGAAAAUUCAAACAUUUGUGGUACAAUGUUCAAAACGUGUGCUUUAUUUGUAUACACAAUUGUUGAAAAAAAGUGGUACGAGGCCAAAUUAUGUUGUCAAAUCGCGUAAUUAAACGAAGUCACUUAUAACUUCGUAUUUAACAACAGAGACAAUCUUGAUAUAAAAUAAAUUUUACUGACAUAAUAGCAUAUUCUUGUACUUAAAACACUGAGUAAAAGAUAAAAUUUGGAUUCAUAAUUAUAAUCGACAUAUUAAGAACAUUGUAUAAAAACGUCUGUUGAUUUGAGAUAGAAAUCUGGAAUAUUCAUCAUUAAACAAAUAAAGAAAUAAAUAUAUUAAUUAGGUAUAUAUAUAUAUUGGUAAAUCAAACUAUAUUUUAACUUGUAAUAAAAAAUAUACUUGUUUAGAAUUAACCAUGAAAUAGUUUUUGCAUAAAGGGUUGCAUUUCACAUUCUUUAUAGAUGUCGCUGUAAUAAACUUUUGCGUCAUAAUGAGAUACGUCAACAAAUGACGAAACUUCUUUUUUUAGUUAAAAAUUCAGUACAUUUCGAUAACAAAUAUUUCUAAAGAUAAACAGUGUGAUGUUCCAUUGUUCUCUCGUGACUACUAGUGGAGAGUUUGAUUCACCAGCUUUCGUGGUCAAAUAGCUGUGCAUGUAUGUAAUAUCAGAUAGCACAGAAUAAAGCCUUUUUGAAAACACUGUAAUAUUAAAUAAAAUUAUAUUGCAUUAGGACAUUUCGCUUUUUACUCUUUUUUGUUUGUUUGUUUUCUAGUUAAUUCAAUACUUUUUAGCUUGAUUUAUUUUCUAAUUCAGCGAAUUUUGCUUAUAAUUCCAGAAAUUUAGCGGUUCAACUAUUUACUUGUUAUAUAAUGAUUUAUAUUAUAUAUAUAUAUAUAUAUACAAGAAACAACUGUGUGAGUCUUCCGUUUUCGUAUAAUAUAUUUUAUAGAAAAGAAACGCGAAGUAUUUUAAUGGAACUUCCACUUUUGUUUGAUAUAGCAACAGAUUUGUAUAAUCAUAUCUCUAAGUUUUGUAUACCAACUUAUGACACUGAACUUCACCUAGUCGUUUUGUACGUAAUAUUUUUUGUUCAGAAUAAAAAUACCAAUAUUCAAGACA